AUGUUUGAAGGAUGGCUGAGUAAAAAAGGCUCAGUUAAAGGGAUGUGGAUGAGAAGAAAGGUGUAUUUUGAUGACAAAUCCUUUAUAUUAAGCAAAGACGAAAAUAAUCAAAAUAACGAAUUAGAAAUUCCGAUGAAAAAUGCCGUUUCAAUAUCAGAACUCGACAAUGGAUCGUUGAAUGUCGUAUUUAUGAAUAACCAACCAUUGAUAUUUUGUUCAAAAAAUGAAACCAUAAUAAAAGAGUUCCAAUUUUCAUUCAAAACAAUACUUGAACAACUGGGAAUUACCGACAAUUAUAAAAUUUACUUGUUUAUAUGCAAAAUCGGAUCAGGCUAUAGCUCUGAAGUUUAUCUAGCUCAAAAUACUCAAACAAACGAAUUAGUUGUUUUAAAAACAGCAAACAAGAAUAAUUCCAGUUCAAUGAAAGCACUCUAUGUCGAAAAUAAAAUACUAAACGAGUUCAAACACCCAAUGAUUAUUUCUAAAAAGGGAGUAGUAGAGAAUAGCAAAAGAUACUCGUUAUGUUUAGAAUACAUAUCAGGAGGCGAUUUAUACUUCUGGAUGAACAGAGUAAUAAAUCGAUCAAAUGAAGAUAUUUUAAUAAUAAUGUCCGAACUCGUUAUUGCUUUAGAGUUUUUACACUCUAAUGGUAUAAUAUAUAGAGAUUUGAAACCAGAAAACAUACUGAUUAACUCAUCUGGCCACAUAAAAUUAUCAGAUUUUGGUUUAUCGACCAUUUCGGAAACUAGUACGGAAAUAUGUGGUACAUCUUCAUAUAUGGCCCCUGAAAUGAUCAAACACCAGUUAUAUUCAAACAAAGUAGAUAUUUGGGCUUUCGGAAUUUUAUUGUUCGAAAUCAACUUCGGAUAUAACCCUUUUUCACGAGAUAUCAAAGAGAAAACCAUGAAAGCUAUAGUAGAAGAAGAAUUAAAAAUCCCGCAGAAUUUCAAUAAAGAUCUUUCGGAACUUUUACGAAAUGUUCUCAAAAAAGAUCCAAAAGAAAGGUUUUCUGUCCAGCAAAUAAAAGAAUCUGCUUAUUUCAAGAGUGUCAAUUGGGAGAAAGCGGCCAACAGAUCUCUCCAAAUAAAGAACCUCCCUAUUCACGAUGUUCAUUUGAUUCCAUCAAAUUUCAAUGGAAAAUAUACUUCAGAGAAAAUUGAUUUGUCUCAAUUUUCAUCUGAUUGA